CUCGCCCACCCUGUGGCAGUGGCGCCCCGCCCGCCCGCGCGAUGACGCCACACACCAGUCCCGCGCAACAGCCUUCGCGGGGCUCCCGGGUCCUGUGGGAUGACGUCCCACGCUGGCCACGUCCACCCAACGUUAGGCCGCGCCCAGGCCCGGGGCCACACCCGACCGCCGCAGUAGAAGCCCCCGACCCCUCGCCGCCGCCGCACCGCCCGGCGUGCUGACGUCGCACGGCGCCGCGGGCUGAAGCGCGGGCGGGCGGGCAGGGCGGCUGCGCUGUCCACUCAGAGGGGCGCUGGCGGGCAGGCUGAGGCGCGUCGGCCCGGAGCCAACCGGAUCGCUGCGCGGCGGGGCGAUGAGCGGCGCCCGGGCCCCGGGCCCCGAGGCCGGCGCCGCCGGGGCCGAACCCCCCGGCGCGGCGCUGAGCGUGGACGUGGCGGGGCUGCUGGUGCAGCUGGCGCGCAGCUUCGCGCUGCUGCUGCCGGUGUACGCGCUGGGCUACCUGGGCCUCAGCUUCAGCUGGGUGCUGCUGGCGCUCGGGCUGCUCGUGUGGUGCCGCAGGAGCCGCGGCCUCAAGGCCACCCGUCUGUGCCGCGCGCUGGCGCUGCUGGAGGACGAGGAGCGCGCCGUGCGCCUGGGGGUGCGCGCCUGCGACCUGCCGGCCUGGGUUCAUUUUCCAGACACUGAAAGAGCAGAAUGGCUAAAUAAGACUGUAAAACACAUGUGGCCUUUCAUUUGCCAAUUUAUAGAGAAGUUAUUUCGAGAAACCAUAGAGCCGGCUGUGCGGGGAGCACACACCCACCUCAGCACCUUCAGCUUCACGAGGGUUGACGUGGGGCAGCAGCCCCUCAGGAUCAAUGGUGUUAAGGUGUAUACUGAAAAUGUGGACAAAAGGCAAAUUAUUUUGGACCUUCAGAUUAGUUUUGUAGGAAAUUGUGAGAUUGAUUUGGAGAUCAAGCGAUAUUUUUGUAGAGCUGGUGUGCAAAGUAUACAGAUUCAUGGUACAAUGCGGGUGAUCCUGGAACCACUGAUUGGAGACAUGCCCUUAGUGGGAGCUUUGUCUAUCUUCUUCCUUAGGAAGCCACUUUUAGAAAUUAAUUGGACAGGACUGACUAAUCUUCUCGAUAUCCCCGGAUUGAAUGGUUUGUCAGAUACUAUCAUUUUGGACAUAAUAUCAAACUACCUGGUGCUUCCCAACCGAAUCACAGUUCCUCUCGUCAGCGAAGUUCAAAUAGCACAGUUGCGGUUUCCUAUACCAAAGGGUGUCCUGAGGAUACACUUUAUUGAAGCUCAGGAUCUUCAGGGAAAAGACACUUACCUUAAGGGACUUGUCAAGGGGAAGUCAGACCCCUAUGGAGUGAUUCGAGUUGGCAACCAAAUCUUCCAAAGCAAGGUCAUCAAGGAGAACCUCAGUCCAAAGUGGAACGAGGUGUACGAGGCUCUGGUCUAUGAACAUCCCGGACAAGAAUUAGAGAUCGAGCUCUUUGACGAAGACCCAGACAAGGACGACUUCCUUGGAAGUCUUAUGAUUGAUCUUAUUGAAGUUGAAAAGGAGCGCCUUUUAGAUGAAUGGUUCACCCUGGACGAGGUCCUCAGAGGAAAGCUGCACUUGAAACUGGAGUGGCUCACGCUCAUGCCAGACGCUUCAAACCUUGAGAAGGUGCUGACAGACAUCAGAGCUGACAAAGAUCAAGCCAAUGACGGGCUGUCCUCCUCGCUGCUCGUCUUGUACUUGGACUCAGCCAGGAACCUCCCGAGUAACCCAUUAGAAUUUAACCCUGAUGUCUUGAAGAAGGCUGCAAUUCAGAAAGCUUUAAAGUCAGGGAAGAAAAUAAACAGCAACCCAAAUCCUCUUGUCCAAAUGUCAGUUGGUCACAAGGCCCAGGAGAGCAAGAUUCGGUACAAAACCAAUGAACCUGUGUGGGAGGAAAACUUCACUUUCUUCGUUCACAAUCCCAAGCGCCAGGAGCUCGAGGUGGAGGUGAAAGAUGAGCAGCACCAGUGUUGCCUGGGGAACCUGAGGAUCCCUCUCAGCCAGCUGCUCGCCUGCGAGGACAUGACCCUGAACCAGCGGUUCCAGCUCAGUAACUCAGGCCCCAACAGCUCGCUGAAGAUGAAGCUCGCCCUCAGGGUACUCCACCUUGAAAAGCAAGAAAGGUCUCCAGACCACCAGCACUCAGCUCAAGUAAAGCGACCCUCUGUUUCCAAGGAAGGGAGAAAAAUAUCUGUCAGAUCUCAGAUGUCUGCAUCGCCAGGCACUGGUGACAGCAGCACAGCCCCAUCCACGCCGGUCAUGGGGGGCUGCGAUAAUAAGCCAGGUGUGGAAGAGAGAGCCCAGCCCGCAGAGGCCAGCCCGCAGGGUCCGCGGGACCUGGGCAGAAGCUCCUCCAGCCUCCAGGCCGGCAGCACCGGCUCCCCCAGCCACGUCUCCGUCAAGGAGCCCACCCCAAGCAUCGCCUCAGACAUCUCGCUGCCCGUCGCCACACAGGAGCUGCGACAGAGGCUGCGGCAGCUUGAGAACGGGACGACCCUGGGACAGUCCCCGCUGGGGCAGAUCCAGCUGACCGUCCGGCACAGCUCGCAGAGGAACAAGCUGGUGGUGGUCGUGCACUCCUGCAGAAAUCUCAUUGCCUUCUCUGAAGACGGCUCUGAUCCCUACGUCCGCCUGUAUUUGUUACCAGACAAGAGGAGGUCAGGAAGGAGAAAAACACACGUGUCAAAGAAAACGCUGAACCCCGUGUUUGAUCAGAGCUUUGAUUUCAGUGUCUCGUUGCCGGACUUGCAGAGGAGAACCUUGGAUGUGGCCGUGAAGAACAGCGGUGGCUUCCUGUCCAAAGACAAAGGACUUCUCGGCAAAGUCCUGGUCGGUCUGGCAUCUGAAGAACUCGCCAAAGGCUGGACCCAGUGGUACGACCUCACGGAGGAUGGGACGAGGCCCCACGUGGUGACGUAGGCUGCGCUGGCCGAGGAGCCCCCGCUGUAUCCGCCAGCCCCGUGCCAACACGCAGCCUACACAGACGCACCCAUGCUCUUUUUAUAAUUUCAUGUACUUGGUUACUUGUCCCUUAGUGGUUACUUGUCCCUUAGUGGUUUUAUAAAACAUUGACGUUUUAGGCGUAUUUGGCCAUUAUUAGCAUUAAGCUUUGUAUGUUUCAUUUCCUCUAGUAUUUGACCAGCGUUUUCGGCGUGCACAGGAUAGUGGCCAACCGUUGUGUGCAUAAAGCUGUAUGUCAGUUGUCUCUCCUAGGAAGCCGAUAUAUGGUUGUGCUUUUUUAUUGCUUUGUUUUGUAUAUCACUGAGGUGCACUAUGCUGUGUAAAUAGACUAUUUUUUAUAAUCUCUACAUGCUGGUUUGAAUUCAGAAGAAAAUGGAUCAAGGAAAUAUAUAUAUUUUUUUCUUCUAAAACUUAUUAAAUUCUUAUGACAAAUAACCGUUUUUGUCUCUGCAGGAAAAAGCUCUCAGUGACCUAUUUUUUGGUGUUUCUUUUUAAAAAGAAAAGCUGAAAGAUUAGUAAAUAUUAGUAUAUUUGUGCCCAUUAUGAAUGAUGAAAGAAUGUAUUCAAAGUAUUUACACUUUCAUAAAUAUAAAGAUGUAUUAUUGAGAAGUCAGUUGAAGUGCUUAUCAGGAAAAAUGUCACAUAACUGAGUUAUAUAAAAUAUUAAGAGAGUUGUCAUGGUUCAUAAAUCAUAGUGCACUAAUCUGAAAUUUCUUACAUAAAAUGGAAUGUCUUAAGUUUA